ACAGUCCUAAUAACACAUUUUUCCAGGCGUUCUUUGAAGCCGACCAAUUGACCAUUUCCCCUCGACUUUACUUUUCUUUGUUCGUUGUCCGUGGUCAUUUUUUGUUGCGUAUAUUACAACAGUCAAGUAUUGCGGUAUUUUCGUACAAAUACGCCAAAACUGACAAUUGAAUUAUUUCAUUUUAGAAAAAUAUAUAUCAUUUCUAAAGUUCUGUAAUCCCCGAAAUGCUUUUUCGAAUAUGAACCUCCUUUCUCUAUAUAACCUCAACUCACUGUUAGCAUCAAGGCAAGGCGAAUAAUGAGUUUGCGUAUGUAUAGUGAAAUAAAAAUGAAAAUCUUCAAAAUAUAAACGCGAAAAAAAACUGAAGCGCAGUAAAAUAGACACAAUUUUUUUUAUUUGAGAGCAACAGUCGGGAUUUUUUGCAAAAUGAAAGAGAAAAACCGAAACAAUGCGUUCUACUUUUUCCACUCGGUUAUCACCCAACAAUGGAUAUAUUCCGUAUCUUACUUUUAAAAAUCACCAUAAAACACUACAAGAAUGAGCACCUAAUUUUCAUCACGUACGUGCGAAGAAAUUCGUCAGCGUAACGAAAAAAAAAAAUAAAGAAAUCAAGUGUACGUCGCUGUGGUCAUAUGAUAAUGAAAAUAAUAUCACAAGAUCAAGGAUCAGGGCUAUUCGUACAUUCCCGUAAUUAUCAUUCGUCCUAUAGGUAUCACUCUCCCUACAUUCUCUCUACACCAUUUUAUAUAUAACACUAUUUUAUAGCGUUGUGAAUUCAUAUAUGUGUAUAUAUAUCCAUGUUGAAUCGAAGUGUUCGGGAUUUCACAUAUAUUUUACUUAUUUAACACGAAAACUAAAAUUACAUAUUUUGUAUCUGCUUUCGUUGGAUAAUAAUAAAUAUUUCAUUGGAAAUCUUAUUAAUGAGAAAAAUAAAGAUAAUAUAGGAUUCACAUAAUUCUGUCUUUUUGAAAGCUCGCAUGCAUCAAUUAGCAAGAGUUUGGAACGGUCAAUGGCUCGAAAAUUUCGCAGAUGAUUCAACGAAAUCGUAAUUAAUGUGGGUGUGUGAAAAAAAAAAAGAAAUAGUAAAAAAACACAUUCUCCGAAAGACAACAAUCUCGCAGUAUUCCACCUGUGUUUUCAUUGUUUUCGCACUAACACACGGAAGAAGACGCACACACUUACACAUGGAAAAAUGUGCCGGCACGCCACCGCAUUCUUUCAGUUUGAGCAACAGACGCGCAAGCGCUCAGCUCGCAUUCACAUCUCUCAUGAGUACAUUCAAGAUGGAGCGCAAGGACAGAUCAGUCCUCCCAUAAGGCAGUUGUAAACAAUAAAGUUUUUGAGUGUUCAAUCGUUUAUGCAUAAAUCAAUUUCUUUUUUUCAUCGUCGACGGGAACAUAUACGUUACGUAGAUUAUGGCGAAGUCGAUUUUAAGCUCGGACACUCUGCCUAAAGCUGGACGAGUCAACGAAGUUUGUCGCGAGUGGCUCGUUCAUGAAGAUGGUGCAUUGGCUUAUCGACUACAAGAUGAAGAAAUCAAGGAACAUUAUACCGGCAACAAAGUAAGAAAUGCACAAGUGCGAGAGGAUUUACCCAGAGCUCGGAUCGAACAAGAGUUGGAGGAAAUAAAAUAUCAGUCCAUUGUUCAAGAACAAGAAGAAAGAGAUGCUAUGAUAGCGAGACGAGUCGCUCUUAAUUUGGAGCGUGAAGAACGUCUUAAGGAACGUAAUCUUCAUGAAAGGAUGAGAAACCAAUUGAGACUGGAUGACGAAGCUGCCCAAAUUGAAGCACAGCUGGAAAUUCAACGCAGGAUACAGGAAGAAAAAGAUCAAGAGCUGGCGAGAAAAUUGCAACAGGAGGAGGAAGAAUAUUCAGUGGAUACGAAUGAUGCACCAGUGGACGAUCAACUUUUGUUAGACCGUAAAAUAGCAAUGGAGGCGCAGGACGCCGAAUUAGCGCGUAUGUUACAAGAAAAAGAGCGUGCUAAAGCGCGUCGGGCGCGCGAACGUGCGAGGCAAAAAAAGUUGGAGCGUCAACAAAUGCAGCAAUUAGAAGCUCAGAGUACGACCUCGAUUGAGAGACCAUCCAGACCAGACAAACUUGAUAUUAGACCAACUUAUGAUAAAACAAGAACACGUAAUCAAACACAAUUUGAGGAUCCUGAAGAGAUUCAAGUGUUGGAAGACACUGGUGAGGAUUCGCGAGAAUUGCCGAAUGUCGCUGCGUUUAUAGAUCCAACUUACAAUGGACACACGCAUCGUAGCACAUCAAGCAGCUCGAGUAAUACCGUUAGCCCAACUUAUGCUCUUCCAACACCACCUCAGGAACUAAUGGUCGAUGACGCACCGUGUUACAUGCCGAUUCAAGGCCAGCGACGAACACAAAUACAAUCACCUUCGCUCUCUCACGAGGAGAAACAGAAACGUAGGGUCAAAGAUGGCUGUAAGCAGCAAUAGAAUCCCAAGAGCACCACAUUUCUCAAGUAGCCUUUAUGCUACCGUCGAUCGGGUGAGGCGGUCCAUUGUUUGCACAUAUUUACAUGAAGAAACUCUAGCCAAUAAGCGUGGGUUAAGAUUCGAACCUUUCCUGAAUUUAUAUUUAAAAAAAAGGAAGAAUCAUCUUACAAAGAUUUGAAUUAAGUUUGGAUCGACUCUCUUCGAUAAUUUUCAAUAACUUUUGACCGCUCAAGAAUGUUUCAAUACUUCAUUUGACAGAAUUAUAAGAUGAUCCUGACAAUAGUUAUAGAUUAGGACAAUUAGUCUGGAAUAAUAAUAAUCAUGAUCUACGAAGAAAAUAAUGAUUUACGAUUUUUAAAAUCAACCGACAUGAGAAUAAUCAAAUUGGAAAAUCAAAUUUCUACUUUAUACGAGAAUCGAAUCCUUCUAUCUCUUUGGCACGGAGAAAACUUUUUUGUCAAUUAUGGGAAUAGCUUCUCGUAGGAAAACAUAAUAUUAUGAAAAAUUAUGGAAAAGAUCUGGUAUCAUAAACCAAUAAGAAAAUCAUGCGAUGUGAGCACUUCAAAUCAAUAAGUCAAAAAAUGCCUUAAAUAAAUUAUAAAAAUGUAACUUUUUUUCUUCUAAAAAAAAAACAUCCCAUGGGAAUACUUAUCAGUAACUUGUUUUUAAAAAAGAAAUAAAAACUUUGAGAGAAUUGUAUUUAAAAAAUUCCAGAGAACAUUUUAUUCGAGGUAAAGUCGAAGAUUAGUUCAUAAAACCGAAAACUAUUCAUCAUUUUUUUCUAUAACACUGUACAAUUCAGAGCCGCUAUUAUUGUUAUAAUUCGUUUGACGAAAUUCUUUGCAAAAAAUUUUUCAAAUUGCGUCGCUUCGUCGAACUCCUUUGUACCAUUGAAUCUCCAUCGAAGCCACAAUAACGUCAUUUGUUGAAUAUAAAUUUUUGUUCUUGAAACGAAUGCUUGGACGAAAAUGAAGUUGUGAAUCAACAAGAACCUAUAUCUGCAUGAUUGUGGCUAUUGAAUUUUGUAAUAACGAGAAUCUCCUGAAAUGCCUUCAACUUAAACAAUGCACUCGUUUUUUUUACAAAUAUAAUAUAUAAUAUAUUGUGAAUUUCGAAUAUUUAACGCGAUUUUUGGAUCGUCAUGAUGAUACCCUAAAGAGCUGUAAUGUAGGUUGUCUUAGUGCUCCAGAGAUCCAUGAACAUAUCGUUCGAACGAUAAAUGCGAGUCCCCUGUGUGCCUUUCUCGAAAAAGGCAUUUCAUUCUAGCAGAGUGCUCAUUCAAACGUAUCUCCAGUAAUACUAAUAUCGAGAAGAGAAAAAAAAACGAAAAAUUAUUUCAUGUUCGAUAUAGCCAUAGAAUUGCAAUGAAUUCUUAUCGCACAUUCCGGUAAGCACGAUACGCGAACGAAAAAUCGUAGUUAAGAAUCAUCAUUAGAAUAAUUACUAUGAAAUGUGAUGAAGAAGAGCUGAAUCACGAAUUGGGCCGUUGGGAGCGUAAAUUUUAUAGUUACUUGGAAAUUCACGCGUGAAUAUCUAAGAUUGUCGAAUAUUGUGUAUAUGCGAUUACAAUUGUCCAAGAAUUGCUUAUUCAAAUUGACUAAAUAAUUUUUUUCAAAGUGUGAGUUUCCAAGAAACUAUAAAUUUUGUUAUCGUCGCUUGAUGCUCUGGUUAUCGAAUCUAUAUCUUAAAGGAACGAUAGUUCGGGCAAUCAAUCGAAUAAUUUUUGAUAAUACAUAUUAUAAGAAUCAUGAAUUUCGAUGAUAAAACGUAGCCUUAUUAGUGAACUUUUUAACACUAUCUAGAAUUGAAUUUCGCAAUGUUAAGAUAAAAUACGAGAAAAAUGAAUCACCGAGGUGAAAGAAAACAUUGCCAAAGAUUGGGAACUUUAAACGUUUGGCUUUGUACCAGAUCAAAUCAAGUAUUAUGCACACGGUGAGCUGACCACUCAGCGGAACGAGCGAGUUUUUUCCUUCUUUUUUCCACCUGUACAGUUACCUGUACCGAAUAGUUUUAAGCGUAAUAAAAAUACUUUAAAUAAUAACAAAUAAUCAAUGAAAUACGGUGGUGUUCAUCGGCAAUCGUUGCACUUUUUGCCCUUGCCAAACAAAUCAGAUUUUCAUUAUUUUUUUCUACUUUCCAAAGUAGUGCGUAUUAUUUUUUGAAGCGUCUGUUGAUAAUGAUAUCGAUGAUUGUACGGAAUAAUUUGCCUUGCAAAUCUCAAUUCCGCAGUUGAUGCAAUGACUUUUUUUCGUACAAUCUCCUGACCUGUACAUUCGAUUACACGUACAGCAUUCCGCCUAAGGAGCACGAACGUUCGAGGCCUAUAAAGACGGUUUAUAUACUUAGCAGUCUAGAAUUUAUAAAUUUAUAUAUAAAUAUAUAUAUAAAUCAUAUACACAUUCGAAGGAUUUCAUAUACCCCUCGGAGCAAAAAAUUUAAUCAACACACCCAAUCGCGAUCACGGUGACUACAGAUUUUUUUUUGUUUCCAUAUAUCUAAACGAGAAUGAAUGUUUUUACACGAAUUUUCAUAUACGUUUAUUGUGUAUUGAUACAAUUAUACAUGAGCCUAUUAAUAAAUUAUUUACAAACUUCA